AUGGGUGACCCCACUGGGUAUCCCUGUUCAGUGUCCCCAGGUGGAUGUCACAGGUGGGUGUACCAGGUGGGGACCCCAGUGGGUGUCCCCUGCCUCAUCGACUACACCUGCAUCAGGAGGGUGUGUGACGAGGUCAAGGCCUACCUGCUGGCAGACAUGGCCCACAUCAGCGGGCUGGUGGCCGCCAAGGUGAUCCCGUCCCCCUUCGAGCACGCGGACGUCGUCACCAGCACCACGCACAAGACACUGAGGGGGGCCAGGUGGGACCCCCAUGGGGGGCUGGGACCCU